AUGACCAAGAACAACGACUCCACCAUUCAUUCUCUUCAUAAUCAGAAAGACAACAAUGAAGAAGAAGAAGAGGAGCACCGAGCAUAUGCAACCCAACUCGUUAACUCAAUCGCGCUUCCAAUGACAAUGCAAGCAGCCAUUGAUCUCAACGUGCUCGAGAUCAUAGCCAAGGAAGGUCCAAAGGCGAUGCUUUCUCCUUCGGAGAUUGCAGACAGAAUCCCAUGCAAGAACCCUAAUGCUCCCUCCAUGCUUCAAAGGAUGCUAAAGCUUCUCACUAGCUUCUCCGUGUUGACAGUAGAAUCUCAUGAUGGCCAAGAACGUUACGGGUUGGCACCGGUUGCCAAAUAUUUUGUGAACAACGAACAUGGCGCUUCUUUGGCGCCAUUAAUGACCUUGGUUCAAGACAAGGUCUUGGUGGCAAGCUGGUAUCGCUUGAAAGACGCUGUGGUAGAAGGAGGGGUGGCAUUCGACAUGGAAAACGGGACAAACGCGUUCGACUAUCAGGGUGUGGACCCGAGGUUCAACGAUGUGUUCAAUAGUGCAAUGAUAAACCACACCAAGACUGUGUUGAAGGAGUUACUACUAGCAUACAAAGGCUUCCACGAAGAUAUGGAGAACAUGACAUUGGUGGAUGUUGGUGGGGGUCUCGGUGCAACCCUAAACAUCAUCACAUCCAUGUUUCCGAUGAUCAAAGGCAUCAACUUCGACUUGUCACAUGUUAUUUGUCACGCCCCACCUUAUUCAGGUGUGGAGCACGUAGGAGGCAAUAUGUUUGAAAGUGUCCCAAUAGGUGAUGCAAUUUUCAUGAAGUGGAUACUUCACGAUUGGAGCGACGAACAUUGUUUAAAGUUGUUGAAGAAUUGCUACAAGGUGCUCCCGUCAAAUGGGAAAGUGAUUGUGGUGGAAGGAAUAGUUCCUGAGGUGCCCAGUAUCCAAACAAGCGUGAAAAGCAUUUAUCAACUUGAUAUAGUCAUGUUAACCGUGAACCCUGGAGGGAAGGAGCGAACCCUCAAACAGUUUUACGACCUAGCAAUCAAAGCUGGUUUUGCUGGCAUUAGAUUAGAAUGUACUGCCUUUAACUAUUGGAUUAUUGAAAUGUACAAAUAG